AUGGCAUCUUCUUCUGGUAUGAGGAAGUAUCCUCCACGUCUAUACGAGGUUGGGAAAACCCUGAUUCAAGGUAGGAGCAUGAACCAUAGUUGUUUUCUGGCCAACCUUCAAACGAUUAAAGAAGCUGUUGGGGAAGAAGUGUGGUCUGAGUUGAGGGAAUCUGCUAUUGGAGUCAUUGUUAAGCUGAAGGAGAUGGAAUACAUUUGGUCUGCGAAAGCUGUUCAUUACUUCCUUGCCAAUCAACUAGCCAUCGACAGCAGGCAUGAGACUUGGUCAUUGAUAGAUGUUAUGCCCUUACGGUUCUCCUUAUAUGAGUUUGGAGAGAUUAUAGGUCUAAACUGUGAUCCUUUCGACAAGCAUGACGUGUGGGAUGUGGAUCAUCGAGAGUUUUGGUUGGAGAUGAAGGUUCCAACAUUAUACGGACCUACAUUGAAAGAGCUACAAAAACUUGUUUUCGAUGACAGAAGUGACCAGAGGAUCCCGCGGGCUGACACCGCGGGAAGCGAAGGGCGCGGGCUUCAUGAGGCUUACCGCGGGUCAUCACCGCGGCUGGGAGAAGCUUUCCAGCGAUAUCCAUGGGGUCGGAUAGGAUUUAGCAGCCUUAUUGAUUCCAUUAAAACGAUCACAUUUCAUGGAAAGAAGAGUUACACAAUCCAUGGUUGUGUUCACGCCCUCCUGAUAUGGGUUUAUGAGUUUGUCCCUGGUAUAGGAGAACAAUAUGGGAAUAGGAUAGAGGGAGCUGAAGUUCCUCUUCUCUCAUGGGAUGGAUCUCGUACCCGAAUCAACUUCCCAGAUUUCUGUGCUCAUGAAAAAGACAGUAUCAGAAGAUAUCCAAAGUGGGUGAAUCAUGAAGUCGAUACUGAGCUCGACAACCUGAUAAAAGACAUCCUUGAUGGUCAGCUAAAUGAGCAGUUUUGGAAUGUAACUCCAACUACCAAAUUUCCCGAGAAGAGAAAAUUUGGUGUUGCCUCAUCUGAUAUUCCGAAUGUCAGUCCUACUAAGCGACAUAAGGGAAAAGAACCUGAUCAGGGAGGUGAAGCUUUUGAUAUGGUCGCAGCUCACAACGUUGCUAUACUUGGUUUAGUUGAGUCACUUACCAAACUCACUGAAAAAAUAGAAGGCAUGGAUGUUAGUGUAGUUGAGAAAGUUAGUAAAACUUUAGAAGGUACCAUACAAGAUAAGGUGGAUGCUGCAGUGGGUUCUACUAAGAAUGAGUUGCUAAAGAAGAUCGCAAGUUUGGAGGAAGAUGCUGACGUAACCAUUCCUCAAGGUGUGGCCGACUCCAACUCUGGAAAUUGCAAGGCUUACGGGGAUGAUGAUGAUGCUUCUAGCAAUGACUUGUCAUGGAAGCUUGAGAAGAAAAUCAGUUCGCUUGAUGGCUUACGAAUUCAAUGUGUUGUUAAAAAGGAAAAGAAGGAAAAGAAGACAAUGGAGAAAGAGGAGGUCAAGACAAAGGAGGUGCCACUUAAAAAAGUGAAAAUAGAGAAGAAGGAUGAAGUGCUAAAGAAUGAAGUGAAACCCGAGAAAAAUGAUGAAGAACCACUUAAAAAGUGA